ACUCUCCUUGUUGCUGGCGUCGUGCCUUGGGAUUGGAUCCCUGGGGAAAACGAUUGGCUCUGCCUCUGGAUUCAGGCAGUGUCACACGCUCCACAGCAAUGUGGAUUGGCACCAAGUGCAGCUGCGGGGCCAGGGGGACCACGGUGCAUGAUACGGAAAUAACUUCUCUUCCCUAGGGAAGCAGGAUUGUUGCUUCCAAGAAAAAGUGGAUGUUGUAACCCUCGGCACACAGCAGUGCUCCUGGCACAAUUCCAUGCACUCGGAGAUUAGCCUGCUUCCAUCCACUCAGGUUUUUCCUAAGGCAUCUGCAGUUUUGGAAGCUUUAGGAGCUAGAGGAAGGAUUGUAUCCCAUGUUAUCCUGGGUCAGGCCAGGUCAUGCGCUACCAAGUGCUGCUGUCACUGAUGCUGUCCAGCCAGACCAAGGACCAGGUGACGUGGGCUGCCAUGCUGCGCCUCCGGCAGCGCGGCCUCACCGUCGACAGCAUUUUGCAGAUGGAUGACGCCACGCUUGGACAGAUCAUUUAUCCCGUGGGAUUCUGGAGGAACAAGGUGAAGUACAUAAAGCAGACGACAGCUAUCCUCAAGCAGAAGUACGGCGGAGACAUCCCAAGAACCGUGGAGGAGCUGGUGCAGCUGCCAGGAGUUGGGCCCAAGAUGGCUUACUUGGCCAUGAACAUUGCCUGGGACAGCGUGUCUGGGAUAGCUGUGGACACCCACGUGCACAGGAUCUCAAACAGGCUGAAGUGGGUGAAGAAGGAGACCAAAUACCCUGAGGAUACUCGGGUGGCACUGGAGGAAUGGCUGCCCAGGGAUCUCUGGAGGGAGAUAAACUGGCUCCUGGUGGGCUUUGGCCAGCAGACCUGCCUGCCUGUGAAUCCGCGCUGCACCGAGUGCCUCAAUCAAGACAUUUGCCCAGCUGCUAAGAGACACUGAGGGGUCAUCUGGUCUUUGGAGAGCAACAAAGCUGCUUCAGCUCAGCAGCAGCCCGGAGCUGAGCCCUGGCAAAGCUGUGCGUUGCACGGGGCUGGCUGUGUGACUGCAGGGAAACAGGAGCCUGCUGCAGCCAGCUCAGCAUCACUGGGGAGCGAGCAGCCACUGGCAAGGGCUGAGCUCUCAGAGGAAAAAGGGGCUUUCAGAGUGCAGCAGUCCUGCUGGGUCAAUGCUAAAGGCUCCAGCCCGUGUGUGAAUGCCUGAGCAUGCCCCAGCUGCGCUGCAGCAGGAGGAGCUGUAGGGAAGAGCUUUGUCCUGGAGGACUUGCUGCUGCUGCUUGUAAAUACACGUGUAAUAAAGGUGGCGGGGUGUUUCUA